UUGCGGUGUCCUAUUGUUGUCAUCAUGGGACACGUAGACACCGGGAAAACGAAGUUACUGGAUAAGAUCCGCAAGACCAAUGUACAGGAAGGUGAGGCGGGAGGGAUUACACAGCAAAUUGGCGCAACUUACUUCGAAAAGAAAACUCUUGAACAACAAGUAUCAAAACUGAAUGCUACGGAAAAUGUAGAGCUCAAAGUGCCUGGUAUGCUAGUGAUUGAUACGCCCGGUCAUGAGUCCUUUACAAACCUUCGUUCCCGCGGUUCUUCCCUUUGUGACGUCGCUAUUCUUGUUGUCGAUCUAAUGCACGGUUUAGAGCAGCAGACGAUUGAGAGUCUGACUAUGCUUCGAAAGAGAGGCGUUCCUUUUGUGGUUGCCUUGAACAAAGUCGAUCGGUGUUACGGCUGGAAAACUAUGAAGGACUCACCGAUCCGCGAUGCAUUGAAACUUCAGGACGACAGCACAAUGUCCGAAUUCCGAAGCCGUGCCACGGACGCUAAGGUUCAGCUUCAAGAACAGGGUGUCAACUCGAAUCUAUAUUGGGAAAUGGGUGACGAUGAUUGGACCAAUUCGGAUUUUAUUCCACUUGUUCCCACCUCAGCGGUAACGGGAGAAGGUAUUCAAGACGUUCUCUUGUUGCUUUGCCAGAUGGCUCAGCGCAAGAUAACUGAUCAGAUCAUGUGGCAUGCAAACUUGCAAUGUACGGUGUUGGAGGUCAAAGCUAUUGACGGCCUUGGGAUGACUGUUGAUGUCCUUGUUGUGAACGGAUUUUUGCGCGAAGGUGAUCGUGCCGUUUUCUGUACACUGGACGGCCCUAUUGUGACUGAGAUCCGCGGUCUUUUGACACCACCGCCUAGUCGCGAAAUGCGUAUCAAAUCGGAAUACAUCCAUCACAAGGAGGUUAAGGGAGCGCUUGGGGUGAAACUCAUUGGCAACAAUCUUGAGAAAGUAAUGGCCGGUACACCGGUAAUGGUUGUUGGACCCGGUGAUGAAGAGGAGGACAUCAAAGCCGAGGUUAUGUCCGACCUUACAAAGCUGGAAGACAAGCUGAGUACGGACAAGGUUGGGGUGCUUGUACAGGCCUCAACAUUGGGAGCACUCGAAGCUCUUUUGCAAUUCCUUCGUGAAGAAACAAAGCCCCCUAUUCCUGUCAGUGCUAUUGGAAUUGGCAGGAUUCACAAGCGUGAUGUGACAAAAAUUUCAAUCAUGAACGAAAAGGGUCACCCCGAAUUUGCCACUAUUUUGGCGUUUGAUGUCGAUAUUGAGCGCGAGGCCCGCGAGCAUGCCGAAGAUAUGGGAGUUCGCAUCAUGACAGCUGAUAUCAUCUAUCACUUAUUCGAUCAAUUCACCCGAUUUAUGGAUGAACUCAACCAAAGGAAACGGGAAGAGGCCACUGCUGUCGCUGUUUUCCCAAGUAUAAUUCGUGUUUUACCCCAGCAUGUUUUCAAUCAAAAAGAUCCCAUCAUUGUCGGUGUGGAAAUUGUCGAAGGAAUUUUGAAGGUUGGUACGCCGCUUUGUGUCCCAGCGCUGGGAGGCUUACAUAUCGGAAAGGUAACAUCGAUUGAGAUGAACGGACGCGAACAAGAGACAGCACGGAAAGGUCUAUCGGUUGCCAUCAAGAUCGUGAACGAAAGUAAUCCAACGAUCACGUAUGGGCGUCAGUUCGACUCCUCGCACAGCCUAUACUCAUCUUUAACUCGAGCUUCUAUCGAUGCACUCAAGGCCCACUUCAAGGAGCAGCUUGAAAACGAAGAUUGGCGGUUGGUCGUGAAGCUGAAGAAGGUAUUCAACAUUAUAUGA